ACCAAGGCAAGGCACAGAGCGAAAGCUGCGCCCCAAACGCCCGGGGGUGCCUCGGCGCCUGUGUGCGCUGCUGGGUGGGGGGUGGGGGGGGGUGCAGAAACCUCCUCCCCUCCCUCAGCCCCAGCUCCCUCCUGCCCCCAGCCCCUCCCGUCUCAGUACUCCACCCUCUGCCGAGGGGAAAUCCCUUUUCUGUGUUUAUUUGCCAAGGAAUCGGGCAAACUGCACCGCUACCAACAUCUAGCCCUGUGGGUCCCAGCUGGGCCAUCGCGCCAAUUGUCCAGCUCGCCUGAUGCCGGGCACACGGGGCGCUCGCUCGCCUGUUCACCCGCGGAGGGUUUUAGCAGACCCGGUUUAAAUUUUGGGUAAUCAGGAAGCAGCCGCUGCCCCUGACACAAUGGCUCAGCCUUACGCUUCGGCCCAGUUCGCUCCCCCGCAAAACGGUAUCCCCGCGGAAUACACGGCCCCUCAUCCCCACCCCGCGCCAGAGUACACAGGCCAGACCACGGUUCCCGAGCACACGUUAAACCUGUACCCUCCUGCCCAGUCGCACUCCGAGCAGAGCCCGGCGGACACGAGUGCCCAGACCGUCUCCGGCACCGCCACACAGACAGAUGACGCAGCACCGACGGAUGGCCAGCCCCAGACACAACCUUCUGAAAACACGGAAAACAAGUCUCAGCCCAAGCGGCUGCAUGUGUCCAACAUCCCCUUCAGGUUCCGGGAUCCGGACCUCAGACAAAUGUUUGGUCAAUUUGGUAAAAUCUUAGAUGUUGAAAUUAUUUUUAAUGAGCGAGGCUCAAAGGGAUUUGGUUUCGUAACUUUCGAAAAUAGUGCCGAUGCCGACAGGGCGAGGGAGAAAUUACACGGCACCGUGGUAGAGGGCCGUAAAAUCGAGGUCAAUAAUGCCACAGCACGUGUAAUGACAAAUAAAAAGACCGUCAACCCUUAUACAAAUGGCUGGAAAUUGAAUCCAGUUGUGGGUGCAGUCUACAGUCCCGAAUUCUAUGCAGCACACGGAAUGGGAGUUCCCCCAAGGGGAAUCCUGCAAAACCAUCAACCUGCUGUUGAAAGCGCAUCUGCAACCCCAGAAUUGUUGCCAGGCUUCCCGUAUCCAGCUGCCACCGCCGCGGCAGCCUACCGAGGGGCGCACCUGCGUGGCCGCGGCCGCACCGUGUACAACACCUUCAGGGCCGCGGCGCCCCCGCCCCCGAUCCCGGCUUACGGCGGAGUAGUGUAUCAAGAGCCUGUGUAUGGCAAUAAAUUGCUGCAGGGUGGUUACGCUGCAUACCGCUACGCCCAGCCUACCCCUGCCACUGCCGCUGCCUACAGUGACAGAAAUCAGUUCGUCUUCGUUGCAGCAGAUGAAAUUUCUUGUAACACCUCUGCAGUUACGGACGAGUUUAUGCUGCCGACCCCUACCACCACGCACUUGCUCCAGCCGCCACCUACGGCGUUGGUGCCAUGCCCCAAGGUUCCAGCCCCAGCACAGACUUCAGAGGAGCUAAGCUGCACACUUCCAGGCCUCUGCUGUCAGGCAGCUGAGAAUCUGACUGCCUCUCCUCCCCUAUUACAAUUCAUGUUUAAAGUCAUAGUCGCCCAGGAAAGAAAAUAGACAGAGGGGCACACUUUGUGUACCUAGUACAUAGGAAAGUAGAAGGAAUCAGCUGGGUUUGGGGGUUGUCUUUUGUUUCGGGGCAGGUCUGGGUUUUUGUUUGGGGAGGGGGUGGGGGGAGGGUAAAACAUGGGAGGUAAGGGUGGGGUGAAUUUGCCUGUACUUGUUCAAACUUCUAUGCACCAAAAGUCUUGAGUACAGUAAGGCGUGCCCAUCAUGUGAGAGCAUAUGCAAUCAUUACAAAGCUUUGGCAUGCAGUUUUCUGCUUGGAUCAAGAACAUCAGUCCUUAUCCUAAAAAUGAAUCCCCAUAGGCAUUCAUUUGAAUUGCCAAUACUUUUAGACAAAGGAAAUUGUUAAGUGCCACCUUGUAGCCAUUAAAGCCAUGGCCAGACAGUUCACUGAAGCUGGGUCAUAGAAAUUCAGCCUUGAUUUCGAAACAUUGUUUUGCACAAACUUAAUUACAUCAAGCAAUUCAUCUGUACAACUCCCUUCUCAAGAUCAGAUUCCAUACAGCUUGCAGAGCCAAGUCAAGAAGUAGAUUGAGAUUUUCAUCCCAAUCCUGCAUUUAACAACUCUGCUUCAACACCUAGUCCACUUGAGGAAUGUGUUGGAAAGGAGAGUUGGAUUACUUUCAUUCAGUAAGUUGUCUAAAUUCAACCUCAAGUGUAGAUAAUUCUGUUCCCUCGGGGAAAGCGUACUCAGUCCAAGAAAAAUAAAAACAAAGAGAGACAGUGAAAAUCCUUCAGCUGUCCAGCUUAUGACAGAGUCCUUUUAGCAAAGAGGACUGGCUGAAAGAAUUUGGAGCUAUUGAGGAAGGUCAGGAAUGGCCCUAUCUUUAGUUCUCCAAGAAUGACCUGGGAUGGGUAGGGGGUGCCUCAAUUUCGGUUGGUUUUGAGUGUAUUUUUCACAUUAGUCUUUUUGAUGAUCCACAUGUUGCAAAAGGAAAAUGUAAAAAACACACCCCUCAAAUUGCUUUGUUUCAGAAUGCUUUUGCACCUUUGACUGAUGCCAAGACUAGGAGCCAUGCUGAUGAUGUGGGUCUCGUUCUUUCUUCAUUGCAGGCUAGUAUAUACCGAGGGGGAUACAACCGUUUUGCUCCAUACUAAAUGACAAAACCAUAAAAACCUUCCAAGGUGGGGAGAAAGGAAGCUUUCCGAGGCCUGAGUAUUGCAAUACAUGCAGUAGUGCAUCAUUUUAGCAACUCUAAAAAAAAAAAUAAAAGUAAAAAGGAAAAAAAUUACAUUUUUUAUCUUAUACCUCAGAUAUUUUGUUCUGUGUAUUUUAAUAUUGUGGGUCUUUAAUUUCUGAAGGUUCCGUAGUUUUGGUUGCUGGCUGUAGGAGUUUUUGUGGUUGAUCUAGACAGAUGCUAGAUAUGAAUAAAAACUGGUUUAGGGCCAUAUCCAGAGUGCUAUAUUAUGUAAAUGAAUUAUAUAUGCUGAAUAUUAAGCUACUGGGGCUAUCAGCUGUUUGGGAAGAGUGUAAGUGACUACAGUUGUCAUUCUUUUCUGCAUCUGCAUUAUCUUAUUUUGUGACAGGGGAGGCUGGGAGGGGCUUAGGGGAUUGGAACUUGGGUUUGGCUAAAAGACAAAUAAUAAUAAUAAUAAAUGUAACUGAUGAAUCUAAACGACCCACUGCACCAACAAUCAUUUAUCAACGGUUCUAAGUUACUCAUUGCCAGUUCAAGCCAAAGGUUAUGUUGUUAAGGGGGUGCUUCUGGUAGCACUUGUGCAUCCGAGUUGAAUGAAGCUGUGCAAACCCACCCUUUAACCAUUCCACCCAGCAGUAUUCAGCUUCUUAACCAGUCGCUAUUUAGGCAAAAAAAGAAAANAAAAAAGAAAAAAAAAAAAAAGAAACCUGCUAGUUAGGCCAUCAACAAGCAUUCUUUUUAUAUUUCUUCCAGUAUAAUAAAUUAUUGAUAUCAUUGCUGACUUUUAUAUUAUGGGAGGGAAAAAAUAACAUUAAUAAAAAGGUGAUAAAAAGCACUGUUUCUAUUUUUUUCUUUUUUUCCAAAAAGAGAAAGUAAUAAAAACUUAAAUUCUUUGUAACAGUUAAAAAAAAAAAAUGUAUAAAAUUUACAUCUGUGCAGUGGAGUUGUUAAGUUCUAGAAACAGUCUAUGAAGCUUUAGUUUUAGCCUAGUAGAACAACUGUUAGAGACAGACGUAUAAUUUUUAUGGAAUUACAUGAUAAUCAUAUUCAGAUUUAUAGAAGCAUUUUACAAGUAUUGCAAUCAUUGAGUAGAGAUAAUCAUGGUAUUUUCAUCAGCUUGGUACUUUUUGAAAUGUGACUGCGUUGUGUGAGCAAUCUGCAAUUUUUCAGUCUGUGAGAUCCUGCCCUUCCACCUCUUUCCCAUGCCCAAGAAUUGUCUCAGAAAUGAUCUCUUCAGUCCUGUCUCCAAGGCCCAAGACACUUGUCAAAAGGCAGCAACAACAAAAAAUGUAGAUCCACCCUCUUCAUCCCAGAAAAACAAAGUCUCCCCACCUUUCUAGGAUGCAGGGCCAGAGAGACACAGCCGAAAAAUUGCAGUUUGUCUGUAACUUCUGUUUGAACUUUCCACGUUGUCCUGUUUACAAGUUAACCUAAGUUGGGGUAUCUGUCACGGGUCUUCCUGUUUUUGUAUUUAAAUAAAAACAACAGCAGCAGGCUGUCCCUGAGUAGUUUUGCUGCCAUAGGUUAAGUCCUCAUGUGUAUAGUGCAGGCCCUGCGGCAUGCACUUCAGUAAGUUAUCAACUCACCGCUGUGAACCUGCCAAUCCGCUGUAACAACUCUGCUUUAAAACAAAACCAAACAAAACUUAAAAAAAAAAAAAGUGUGAUCCAGCUUUCUCUUGCCAUCCUAUGUGCAUGCCGUAAGAUCAGUUGGAUAUUAAACCAUCAAUAAAGUUUCACAAGAUUUGAAAACGAAGUUUCUGUAGCUUCGAUAUCUAAGACAGAUAGUGAUCUUGGAAAGAGAAAAGGGGGAGGGGGGAACUGCUUAUCAGCCAAAAGCGUAUCAAGUGUUCUUUUCACCAGACUUAUUUGGGUGGGGGAGGGGAGGGGCAAGGGGGUGUUUUAUAGCAUCACUGAGACAUUCUCAUUCCCCCACCUGGAAAACAGUUAUGGCAGUGGGUGCCUGGUUGACAUUCUUAAAUGAAAUGUGUUAUAUAAUACUAUGGCAUCUUCCAGAGGGAAGAAAGAGUAGGAGCAGGGGGCUAUGGAGAAUAAGAUGAUUUCUCCCAAAUGCCUCAGAUUUCAAAAUCCAGAAUUUGUAUUGUGUUUGGAAUCAAACAUAGAAUUCUUACUGUGUUGGUUAAAGUAAAAUUCAUUUGCGGUUUUGAUUUUCAUCAAUGAGCUGUACUUUUCCCCCAUGACUGUAUGUAGUUUUAAUAAAAUCAUUUAGAGUAAGUGGGUGCCAACUGAAGUUGCAGAAUCUUUUGUCCAGGCACUCCUCCAAGAUGCCAAUAAGUCAUUUUAAAAUGUAUGUCAGAUGUAAACAAACAUUUUGGAUUUUUUUUAAACAGUAUUUAUUUGGAAUGUUUUCAUUUAUCUAAAUAACUAUUGCUAUUAUGAAUUAUGGAAAAUUAAUAUUACGUGUGGCAUAUAGUGACUUCUUAACACACACAUCACGCAAUCUGCAAACCCAGAAAAUGUGUAUAUCUGUCUUUAGAAAUUAGUGUUUAUAUCACUUACAGUGGUUUGUGAAUAAAGAAAACUGGUUUGUAAUAUCAAAAAAAUAAAAGCUUAGUCUGAAAAGGUA